AUGCCCUCCAAGCUCCUGUCCGUGUUGAGUCUGACUGUAGUGUUGAUGCCCUCCAAGCUCCAGACCGCGCCGGAGUCUGACUGGAGUGUUGAUGCCCUCCAAGCUCCAGUCCGCACCGAGUCUGACUGUAGUGUUGAUGCCCUCCAAGCUCCUGUCCGUGUUGAGUCUGACUGGAGUGUUGAUGCCCUCCAAGCUCCAGACCGCGCCGAGUCUGACUGGAGUGUUGAUGCCCUCCAAGCUCCAGUCCGCACCGAGUCUGACUGUAGUGUUGAUGCCCUCCAAGCUCCUGUCCGCACCGAGUCUGACUGUAGUGUUGAUGCCCUCCAAGCUCCAGACCGCGCCGAGUCUGACUGGAGUGUUGAUGCCCUCCAAGCUCCAGACCGCGCCGAGUCUGACUGGAGUGUUGAUGCCUUCCAAGCUCCAGACCGUGCCGAGUCCGACUGGAGUGUUGAUGCCCUCCAAGCUCCAGUCCGCACCGAGUCUGACUGUAGUGUUCAUGCCCUCCAAGCUCCUGUCCGUGUUGAGUCUGACUGUAGUGUUGAUGCCCUCCAAGCUCCAGACCGCGCCGAGUCUGACUGGAGUGUUGAUGCCCUCCAAGCUCCAGUCCGCACCGAGUCUGACUGUAGUGUUGAUGCCCUCCAAGCUCCUGUCCGCACCGAGUCUGACUGUAGUGUUGAUGCCCUCCAAGCUCCAGACCGCGCCGAGUCUGACUGGAGUGUUGAUGCCCUCCAAGCUCCAGACCACGCCGAGUCUGACUGGAGUGUUGAUGCCCUCCAAGCUCCAGUCCGCACCGAGUCUGACUGUAGUGUUGAUGCCCUCCAAGCUCCAGUCCGCACCGAGUCUGACUGUAGUGUUGAUGCCCUCCAAGCUCCAGACCGCGCCGAGUCCGACUGGAGUGUUGAUGCCCUCCAAGCUCCAGUCCGCGCCGAGUCUGACUGGAGUGUUAAUGCCCUCCAAGCUCCAGUCCGCACCGAGUCUGACUGGAGUGUUGAUGCCCUCCAAGCUCCUGUCCGUGUUGAGUCUGACUGGAGUGUUGAUGCCCUCCAAGCUCCAGUCUGCGCCGAGUCCGACUGGAGUGUUGAUGCCCUCCAAGCUCCAGACAGCGCCGAGUCCGACUGGAGCAUUGAUGCCCUCCAAGCUCCAGUCCGCGCCGAGUCCGACUGGAGCGUUGAUGCCCUCCAAGCUCCAGUCCGCGCCGAGUCCGACUGGAGCGUUGAUGCCCUCCAAGCUCCAGUCAGCACCGAGUCCAACUGGAGUGUUGAUGCCCUCCAAGCUCCUGUCCGUGUUGAGUCUGAUUGGAGUGUUGAUGCCCUCCAAGCCCCAGUCUGCACCGAGUCCGACUGGAGUGUUGAUGCCCUCCAAACUCCUUUCCAUGUCGAGUCUGACUGGAGUGUUGAUGCCCUCCAAGCUCCAGUCUGCGCCGAGUCCGACUGGAGUGUUGAUGCCCUCCAAGCUCCAGUCUGCACCGAGCCCGACUGGAGUUUUGAUGCCCUCCAAGCUCCAGUCUGUGCCGAGUCCGACUGGAGCGUUGAUGCCCUCCAAGCUCCAGUCCGCGCCGAGUCCGACUGGAAUGUUGAUGUCCUCCAAGCUCCUGUCCGUGUUGAGUCUGACUGGAGUGUUGAUGCCCUCCAAGCUCCUGUCCGUGUUGAGUCUGACUGGAGUGUUGAUGCCCUCCAAGCUCCAGACCGUGCCGAGUCUGACUGUAGUGUUGAUGCCCUCCAAGCUCCUGUCCGUGUUGAGUCUGACUGGAGUGUUGAUGCCCUUCAAGCUCCAGUCCGCACCGAGUCCGACUGGAGUGUUGAUGCCCUCCAAGCUCCAGUCCGCACCGAGUCUGACUGGAGUGUUGAUGCCCUCCAAGCUCCUGUCCGUGUUGAGUCUGACUGUAGUGUUGAUGCCCUCCAAGCUCCUGUCCGUGUUGAGUCUGACUGGAGUGUUGAUGCCCUUCAAGCUCCUGUCCGUGUUGAGUCUGACUGUAGUGUUGAUGCCCUCCAAGCUCCUGUCCGUGUUGAGUCUGACUGGAGUGUUGAUGCCCUCCAAGCUCCAGACCGUGCCGAGUCUGACUGUAGUGUUGAUGCCCUCCAAGCUCCUGUCCGUGUUGAGUCUGACUGGAGUGUUGAUGCCCUUCAAGCUCCAGUCCGCACCGAGUCCGACUGGAGUGUUAAUGCCCUCCAAGCUCCAGUCCGCACCGAGUCCGACUGUAGUGUUGAUGCCCCAGUCCGCGCCAAGUCUGCCUGGAGCGUGGACGCUCUACAAACUUCAGGCAACACCAAUUCCUUGUUUGAUCCUUGCUCAGAUAUCUUUUCCUACUAUGAAGUCGGCAAUAUGCUGGGGCAAGGAGGAUUUGGAGCCGUCUACGAAGGGAGGCGUGUGAUGGAUGGCCUUGAGGUGGCAGUGAAGUUCGUCAAGAAAUCAGAGGAUACAAAAUAUAUCAACUUUACUGAACCUCUUCCAUUGGAAGUCGCUCUUUUAAUCCUUGCAAAUGAAGGCCCCAGAGUUCCCCACAUAAUCCAGCUGCUGGACUGGAAGGAUGUGGGUGAAUACUACAUCAUGGUUCUGGAGCGGCCCGUUCCCUGUGAGGACUUGCUUGAUUUUGUGCAGCGCCACGGAGGCAGAAUCGACGAGGUAUUGGCUCGAGUUAUCAUGCGGCAGGCAACUCAAGCCGCUUAUAUGAGCUGCCAACGUGGAGUGCUGCACCGGGACAUCAAACAGGAAAACCUGUUGAUCAACAAGGACACCCUGGAAGUCAAACUAAUUGACUUUGGGUGCGGCGACCUCCUUCAAACCAUGGCCUAUACUACAUUCAUGGGCACACGAAUGUACUGUCCACCUGAAUUUCUAUCACAGGGCAAGUACCACGGGGAACCAGCGACAGUAUAUUCAUUGGGAGUGCUCUUGUUCUCACUUAUAUGUGGGACAUUUCCAGACAGUCACGACAAGAUUAUGAUCGAUCUGAAUCGUUGGUUCAUAGCUGGCUUGUCACAAGAGUGCUGCCAACUGAUCUGCUCUUGCCUGCAGCGUGAUCCAAAAAAGAGACUCGAUUUGGGCAAGAUUCUGCACCAUAAAUGGUUUAAGGGCAUAAAUAUGAAGAAAACUGUCAUAUAGUGGCCAUGUUCCCUGUCACAGCCAGCCCAUGUCUUGUCAUGUACCGUUGGCUCAUCAUUUAAUUUGGGCUUGCUCCAUUUACAUCCUUGCAAGCCCC